AUGAAGACCACCACCAAUCUCGUUGGCAUCGUCGCGUUUCUGACGGUCGCUUUCGCGUCCGCUGAGAUCAAGAAUAAGGGCUGGUGGAAAAAUACUGUUUUCUACCAAGUUUAUCCUCGAAGCUUCAUGGAUUCUAAUGGCGAUGGUAUAGGUGACUUGAAAGGCAUAACGAGCAAACUUGACUACCUCGAAGAUAUCGGAAUAAACGCGGUUUGGCUGUCACCGAUUUACAAAAGUCCCAAUGUUGACUUUGGAUACGACAUAUCGGAUUUCAAAGCAGUCGAUCCAAUUUUUGGAACUUCCGCUGAUCUUAAGGAGCUCGCGACGGAAGCGAGAAAGAAGAAUCUAAAGCUUGUUUUGGACCUCGUUCCCAACCACACUUCAGACGAACAUAAGUGGUUCCAGUUGAGCAUAAAUCGCACUGGAAAAUAUGCAGAUUAUUACGUAUGGCAUGACGGUAUCGUAAAUGAAACUGGAGAACGCCAACCACCUGAUAACUGGAAGAGCAUUACUGGUGGGGUGGCUUGGACUUGGAAUGAUCAGAGAAAGCAGUUUUAUUUUCAUCAGAACUUUAAACAACAACCAGACUUAAACUACAGCAAUCCUCAUGUACAACAAGAAAUGAAGGAGGUUUUGAAGUAUUGGUUGGAUCAAGGAGUAGACGGUUUCCGAAUUGAUUCUGUAUAUUUCAUGUUCGAGAGCAACAUAACGCAAAACGAACCUUUAAUUAAUGAAACAUACGACCCAACACUUUACUACUCUUACAAUCAUAUUUUAACGAAAGACCAGCCUGAAACGUACAAAUUACUGCAGAGUUGGCGAGAUUAUGUGGACGAAUACUCUAGGCAAAGAAAUGAAACAGAGAAGGUGCUAUUAACGGAAGCGUAUUCCAGUUGGGAAAAUACCAUGAAGUAUUACAGAUAUGGCUCGGAUAUUCCGUUCAACUUCUUUUUCAUAACACAAACAAACGCUAACUCAACGGCGUCUGACUUUCGAAAUAUUAUAAAUAAAUGGAUGCAAAUGAUGCCGAAAGGGCAAGUGGCUAAUUGGGUGAUGGGAAAUCAUGAUCAAAAACGUCUAAGCACACGUUAUCCUGGCAGAGGGGAUCAGAUGAUAAUGUUGGAGAUGAUCUUGCCUGGUGUAGCGGUUACUUAUAACGGAGAAGAAAUCGGCAUGGUGGACUACACCGGACUCGAAAUAUUCGAUUCUCGUGAUAGCUCUCGUACACCAUUCCAAUGGGACGACUCUAUGAAUGCAGGUUUCAGUAAUGCCAGCAAGACGUGGCUACCCGUUAACAAAAACUACAAAACUCUGAAUUUGAAGAAGCAGAAAACGGAUGCCGUGUCUCAUUACAAGCUUUACAAAGCAUUGAUUACUCUGCGAAAGAGCAAUGUACUCCAACAUGGCAAGCUGACCACGGCAGUUUUGAACAACGACGUAUUGGCUGUAGUACGGAGUAUCAAAAAAGAAGCAGUGACGCUUUUGAUAAACUUCUCUUCAAAAAAAAGCGUUUCAGUUGAUCUGAGGAGUAUGCUGCCAUAUACCAGUGCUACUGUAAUCCUGAGUAACGUGGGUUCCAAAGUGCAGUCAAACACCAAGUUUGCAUCAUCAAAGGUCACUCUUCCUCCAAAAGUGUCAAUGGUGCUGCAUUCGGGCUCCAGAAAAGCCAACUAAUCUGUUCCGAUGAUUUUGGUGUUGGCACUUGGUUCGUAUUUCCGGUCGUAACAGAAACUCAUUCGGGUUACGUUUGUAAAUGCCCUUAUAAUCUAGGUAUCGAGUAAAGAGGCUAAUAUUAUUGUUACGACGCGAUGGAAAACACUGAUUAAUGUGCGCAUCAAAAAUCGUCGUGUUCCUACGGUACUUAAUCACGUCAAUUUCCUAACGAUUAAUUCUUAAACAAGACACGAUCGUGUUUAUCGAUUAUUAUUUAUUGUGUAGAAUAAGAGGGAAAAUUAUUUAAAACGAUACAAAUAAACGGUGUUGAAUGAUG